AUGAGAGCUACUCAAUCUAGGUGUUGGUUUCCCCGUAUAGGUCUACUUUAUGUAGCCUUGGUGAUGUUGAUUCCAUUUUUAGUUUCAUCUAGAAGUGGAUCUGCUGUUGUUGCUGGAGCUGGUGGUUCCGAUGAAGACAGUACAGAUAGUUAUGGUACUGUUAUAGGUAUAGAUUUGGGUACUACAUAUUCAUGUGUUGGAGUAAUGAAGAAUGGUAAGGUUGAGAUUUUGGCCAAUGACCAAGGAAAUAGAAUUACUCCAUCUUAUGUGUCAUUUAACGGCGAUGAACGGUUAGUUGGUGAUGCCGCUAAAAAUCAAGCUCCUUCUAAUGUCAACAAUACCAUUUUUGACAUUAAGAGAUUAAUUGGUUUGAAAUAUAACGAUGACACAGUACAAAAGGAAUUGAGGCAUUUACCAUACAGGAUUACAAACAAGAGCAACAAACCGGUUGUUGAAGUUGAGUUCAAUGGUGAAGAAAAGACAUUUUCUCCCGAGGAAAUUUCAGGUAUGAUUUUGGGUAAAAUGAAGAAUAUCGCCGAGGAGUAUCUUGGUAAAAAGGUCACUCACGCUGUUGUUACUGUUCCUGCAUACUUUAACGAUGCUCAAAGACAAGCCACUAAAGAUGCUGGUACCAUUGCCGGUUUGAAUGUCUUGAGAAUUGUUAACGAGCCAACAGCAGCAGCUAUUGCUUAUGGAUUGGACAAGACUGAUAAGGAGAAACAAAUUAUCGUUUACGACUUGGGUGGAGGUACCUUUGAUGUGUCAUUGUUGUCCAUCGAAGGUGGUGUUUUUGAAGUUUUGGCAACUGCUGGUGAUACUCAUUUGGGUGGUGAAGAUUUUGACCACAAGGUUGUUAGAUACUUGGCCAAGCAAUUCAAAAAGAAGCACAACAUUGACAUUACGUCGAAUCCAAAAGCCAUUUCAAAAUUGAAGAGAGAAGCUGAAAAAGCCAAAAGAACUUUAUCUUCACAAAUGUCCACUAGAGUUGAAAUUGAUUCAUUUGUCGAUGGUAUUGACUUUUCUGAAACUCUUUCAAGAGCCAAGUUUGAGGAGUUGAAUAUUGCUGCAUUUAGAAAAACUUUGAAACCAGUUGAACAAGUUUUGAAAGAUGGUAACGUUAAGAAGUCUGAAAUCGAUGAUAUAGUUUUGGUUGGUGGUUCUACUAGAAUACCAAAAGUUCAAGAAUUGUUGGAAAAUUUCUUUGAUGGUAAAAAGGCAUCUAAAGGUAUUAACCCAGAUGAAGCUGUUGCCUAUGGUGCCGCUGUCCAGGCUGGUGUCUUGAGUGGUGAAGAGGGAGUUGAUGACAUUGUUUUGUUGGAUGUCAAUCCAUUGACUUUGGGUAUAGAAACAUCAGGUGGAGUUAUGACCACUUUGAUCAAGAGAAACACUGCUAUUCCAACUAAAAAGUCACAGAUUUUCUCAACAGCUGCCGAUAACCAGCCAACUGUUUUGAUCCAAGUUUACGAAGGUGAAAGAACAAUGGCUAAGGACAAUAACAAAUUGGGUAAGUUUGAAUUAACUGGUAUUCCACCAGCUCCAAGAGGUGUUCCUCAAAUUGAAGUGACAUUUUCUUUAGAUGCCAAUGGUAUUUUGAAAGUUGAAGCUUCCGACAAGGGAACAGGUAAAUCCAAGAGUAUUACAAUUACCAAUGAAAAGGGAAGGUUAUCUAAGGAUGAUAUUGACAGAAUGGUUGAAGAAGCCGAGAAGUAUGCUCAACAAGAUCAAGAAUUGAAGGAAAAGAUUGAAGCUAGAAACUCAUUAGAAAACUAUGCCCACCUUCUAAAAGGUCAAUUGAAUGACAAAUCCGACACUGGAUUAGGUUCGAAAUUGGACGAGGAUGACAGGGAAACAUUAGACGAUGCUAUCAAGGAAACUUUGGAAUUCAUUGAAGAUAACUUUGAUACUGCUACUGCUGAAGAAUUUGAAGAUCAAAAACAAAAAUUAGUCGACAUUGCUAACCCAAUAACAUCUAAAUUAUAUGGCGGCGGUGAAGCUGGUCCAAAUGACGGAGGUGAUGAUGCUAAAUUUGGCGACGACGAUUCAGACGACGAAUUAGAUCAUGACGAAUUGUAA